AUGGAAACCCCAACAACCAGCGACAUCGAAGUGAAAGGAGAGGAGAAGGCACCCGAUGACUGGAAACCAGAGAAGAAGGAGUGGUUGAUCAUGCUUAGCUUGACCUUCAUCAGCCUCAUGGUCGCCCUCGAUGCAACUAUCCUCGUCACUGUUUUACCAGAGAUAACGCGGGAUCUCGGUGGCUCUGCAGCUGAGGGGUUUUGGACAGGCACAUCCUACCUGCUGACUUCGGCCAUCUUCCAGCCAGUAAUUGCUUCCGUCUCUCAUCUCUGGGGACGCCAGCAGCUGCUCCUCGUCUCCCUCACCUUCUUCACUGUCGGUACAAUCCUAUGCACGGUGGCCCACGACUUCACCGUCAUGUUGUCAGGACGCUGCAUUCAAGGCGUCGGUGGUGGAGGCAUAAUCACUCUGACCCAAGUCAUCUUUUGCGACAUGGUUCCCUUGAGGGUGCGGCCCAAGUAUUUCUCUUUAGUGCUAUUGACAUGGUCGAUUGGAACGAUAUUUGGCCCAGUCAUCGGUGGUGCACUCGUCGAGAACGUUUCUUGGCGUUGGUGCUUCAUAAUCAAUUUUCCAUUCUGUGGUAUCGGGUUUGUUGUUGCAAUAUUCUUUGUUCGCCUCAACGCUGUGUCGCAGCUCUCGUUCGCACAAAAGAUAGAAAGGACAGAUUGGGUGGGCGCAACUCUCUUUGUCGGUAGUAUGACAAGUUUUCUUGUUGGCCUCUCGUGGGGCGGUAUCCAGCAUCCUUGGAAGUCGGCCGCGACCUUAGCCCCCAUCAUCGUGGGAUUGGUUGGUCUAGUCCUAUUCGGUGGAUGGCAAACGGUCAGGAAGGAACACGGCUUGUUGCCAGUCAGAUUGUUCAACAGCUGGAGCUCUGUGGCCGCAUUCUACAGUGCCCUCAUGAACGGUUUUCUAGUAUUCUGCGGUCUCUACUACCUUCCCCUCUACCGAAUGUCGGUGCAUGGCUCGUCAACUACUCGUGCCGGAAUCGAGCUCUUUCCUGUGGCAUGCUUUGUCAUUCCUGGCUCGAUUCUAGUUUCGAUUCUUACUUCGCGCAUCGGGCGUUGGCGAUGGGCCAUCUGGAUAGGCUGGGUUAUCACAACUGUAGGAUGCGGCUUAUGGAUCCUACUUGACGUGCACACUAGAUUCGUCGUCUAUGCGGUUGUGAUCGCAGUCUUUGGCAUCGGUGCUGGCAUGGUCUUGACAGCUGUGAACGUUGGUAUCCAGGCAAUCGCGAAAACAGAGGAUGCUGCGAUGGCCGCCUCGAUGUAUGGAUUCUUUCGCAGCUUGGGGAUGCCACUAGGUGUCGCAAUCGCAGGAACAGUCUUCCAGAACACAAUGGCAGACAGAUUGUCUGAUCAUGGCCUUCCUACCUCCAUUGCUCAGGAUUCCGAACGAUACAUAUUUGUCCUUCGUACCAUGGCAGAUUCAGAUCCGCAGAAGAUCGCGAUCCUGGAAUCAUAUUCAAAAGGCGUCCAGGCAGUGUUCAUUAUGAUGGCGGCAAUCUCUGCGAGCGCGCUUCUUUUCAGUGGUACGAUCAAGAAGUUCAGUAUGAAUAAAGAGCUGACUACAGCAUACUCGGCGAGAUGAUGCCUGCGACGUCUCUGGUGGACACG